AUGUCUUACAGAAUCUCUGCACCAGAUGAGUACCUUGCCAUCACUGGCAUGGGAAUUAAGACGGUCAAGAUCGCAAAGGCAACUUGGGUCUGGCCUCUUCAAAGAUGCACACGCUUCAGUAUCCGACCACACGACUAUGCUAUGGACCUGCAGGCCAUGACAAAAGAGAAGCUGCAAUUCUCUCUGCCUGUAGUCUUCACAGUUGGUCCCGACCUCAACCAGCGCGGCGCCAACCAGCGUGGCGGUGUUGACGAUGAAGCCGAGGACAUCUUGGCUCGCGAAGAUCGAGGUGAUGCUUUGAUGAAGUAUGCUAUGCUUCUGGCGGAUGCUGAAGCGAAAGAGCAUGUCCACCAGAGCCAGCAUGUCGCAAACAUCGUCAAAGGUAUCAUCGAGGGUGAGACCCGAGUCUUGGUCUCGAGCAUGACCAUGGAGGAGAUCUUCACAGAGCGAGAGGUCUUCAAGAAGAGAAUCUUCAGAAACAUCCAGAACGAGCUUAGCCAGUUCGGAAUGUUCAUCUUCAACGCUAAUGUCAAAGAGUUGAAAGAUGCCCCCGACUCAGUAUACUUCGCCUCACUCUCCCGCAAGGCCCAUGAGGGCGCUACAAACCAGGCCAGAAUCGACGUGGCAGAGGCUCAACUACGCGGAAACGUAGGAGAAGCCCAGCGAAUUGGAGAGCAGGAGCGUGAGAUCGCAAAGAUCAACGCCGAGACCGCGGUCCAGAAGACAGAGCGUGAUAUUGAGCGCGCUCAAGCAGAAGCACACCUUGACACCAAGAAAACAGGCCUCACUCGUGACGUAGACAUCGCUAGGGUUACAGCCCAACGUAUCCUCGAGUCCAAGGAUGAGGACCUUAAGAAGGAGGUCGAGAUCAAGCGCGGGGCUGCUGAGAUGGAACGUCUUCGUGCUAGCGACGUUGUCAAGGCUACUAUUGAGAGGGAGAGCAAGCAGCAAGCCGCCGACGCAGCUGCCUACGAAGUCGAAGCUGAUGCUCGUGCUCACCAGGAAGCUAGUCAGCGCAAGACUGAUGCCCAUGCUUACCAGACCAAGAUCGCCGCCGAUGCUGAUGCCGCUGCGUCUUAUGCAAAGGUUACCAAGAGCACCGACGCCGCAGCUUAUCAGACUCGCAAUGAUGCCGAAGCAUUCAGCUAUGCCACUCAACAGCGCGCUGAGGCUGAGCUCGUUGCCAAGCUCCGUGAAGCAGAGGGUAUCUCCGCCAUGGCUGACGCCUACGGCAAGCUCUCCAACGCCUUUGGCGGUCCUGCUGGUCUCCUUCAGUACAUGAUGAUCGAGAAGGGCACCUAUGUCGAGCUGGCCAAGGCCAACGCUGCUGCUAUCAGGGGUCUCGAGCCCAAGAUCAGCGUGUGGAACACUGGCAGCGCUCAAGGCGGCCAGGGCGCUGACCCUACCGAGACUAUGCGCAAUGUUUACCAGAUGCUUCCUCCUCUGAUGAGCACUAUCAAUGAACAGACUGGAAUUACCCUGCCUGAGUGGCAGUUUGGAAAGAUGAGUGCUGGAGUUGACGCGGUUAACCAGGAGGGUACCAAGGUCAACGGACACAAGAGUCACUAA